GGGAUUGCGACCAGAAUUCGCACCCGGGACUCCAGAAUGUUACGUUGAAUUGGCUAAACAAUGUAUGGACUCUGAUCCAAAAAAAAGACCUACUGCUACAUAUAUUAAUGCGUUAAUUACUACUUGGAUCGACGAACUUGCGCAUGAAAGCAAUGAAAGAAUAAUUAAACUUCAAUUCUUAGAAGCUGAUAAAAUGGAUAAAGCUGACAAGAUGGAUACAAAACUACCAAAUAUCGUGCAAAACCAUCCAGAUCAUAAUAAGUACACAUCAAAGCCCAUUAACAUGCAAGAGGUCACGAAAGCAUUGUCAAAAAUGGCAAUUAUCGGCGUUCCGGUGGAUAUCGUAGAAAUUCCAGAAGAGUGA